GUUAUACUCCUUGACGCGUUCUCCCGUCUCCUAGGUGAACAUUUUCAACACUAAGAACCAAAUCGAAGGACCGCAACAAUUGCUAUUCUUAGCCAUUUUAGAACUCCAACGCGUCAUUUACAUUAGCAACCUCGUCGUUUAUCCAAAAUGGGUGACAGAAAACGUACCAGACGUAUUUUUGUGAACGACGUCGACAAAUAUUCAUCCAAACACAUCGCCGAGUAUUUAUCGACUUGUGGAGAGAGGGUUGAAGACGAGGAUGACGGGGAAAUGGUGUCAGAAGAACCUGCCUUCCAGUUGGUCGGCACUGUGUCAUCUGCCUCCAGUGAGAAAAUAAACUUUUUGCAUGAGCAGUAUUCGUCACUAAACAGAGAAGAGCUUCUCCCGCGCCUGCUGGAUUGUGACAUAGUGGUGUACAAUAUCUCAGAAAAUGCAACGCCAGCUGACAUCGAAAAGGCAACUUGGGCAAUUACAGCACUUCAUGGUGAAAUGGAGAACUUCAAGUCAAAGAAAACGUUCAUUUUAGUGUCGACGGUAAUGACAUGGGCAAUGACGAAACCUCCGGAAUCGCAGGAGGAGACUGAAACAUUGAUAACGGAAGAGGAGUUCAGAAAAAGACGCCCUCAUCCCAGCUUUAAAAACCACAACAACAUGGAGAAACAAGUGCUUAAACUUGGAACAGGGAAAAAGAAUAAACUAAAAGGUUAUGUUAUAGCUGCGGGCAUACAGUAUGGAAAGGGCGAGAAUCUUUUUCACUACUUUUUCAAGGUUUCUUGGCUAUCUGAGUGUUCAAAAGUUCCCAUAUUUGGACAGGGUACAAAUUACAUCCCCACUAUCCACGUGCUUGACCUGGCUAAAGUGAUACAAAGUUUGAUUGAAGUCAAACCCAAGUCCAAAUAUAUUCUUGCCAUUGAUGAUUCCAAGAACAAACUAGAGGACAUAGUAAAGGCCAUAAGUCAUGUGCUUGGGCCAGGAAAAUUAUGCCAAUUACCAGAGAAUGAAGCUGUUCCCCUGAAGGCCUUCAAGCAUGAAGAGCUGGAGUAUCUCAGUAUUGACCUUCGCCUGGAUGCUUUUGUUGUGAAAGACGCCUUUAAUUUCACCUGGUCUGCAGAAAAUGGCAUGAUUGAAAAUAUAGAAAGCCUCGUGGAAGAAUACAGACAAACAAGGAAACUACUUCCUAUCAGAAUCUGUCUCACUGGACCACCUGCAGUGGGUAAAAGCAAAGUCGCAGAGAAGCUAUGCGAACAUUACCGAAUACAUCACAUCAAUAUCCGAGAGGUCAUAAAUGAAAAGAUGGCUAAGCUGAAAGAUACCAUGGCCAGAAGUGACGUUGAAGUGAGCGAGCAGGAAAUGGCACAGAAUCAACUGGAAACAAUACAAGCAAGCAUGGAAAGAAAUGCAGAUCGACUGGAGGACGAUAUCCUUUUAGAGCUUUUGACAGAAAAGUUAAAUUCAAAGCCUUGUCGAAACCAAGGAUUCGUUUUUUAUGGCUUCCCAAAGACAUUUGAACAAGCGCGUCAGAUGUUCAGCGCUGAUGAUGCAGACAACCUGGACUGGCCCGAUGGGACACCCUCAUACAACAAGAUCACUCCAGAAUAUGUUUUUGCCCUGGAUGCAUCCGAUGAGUUCCUGACUAAGAAAGUACAAGAUCUACCUCAGAGUGAAGCCCAGAAAAGAGGUUUAACCCAGGAUGAGUUUGUCCCUCGACUGGUCAGAUUCCGUCAACUUAGCAGGGCUGCCGAAACGUCACUCGACUACUUUGAUGAACUGGAAAUAUAUCCAGCAUAUCUUGAGGUGAAAGAUGACGACCCCGAAUUAAAACAGAUCGUGAGCAACAUCAUCGAGGUGGUAGGCAGCCCUAAGAACUACGGCCUUAGUCCUGAGGAGCAGGAGGAGGAGGACAGGAGGCGAGAAUUGGAGCGGAAGAGGAAACUUGCUGAAAAAGCGGCAGAAGAGAGACGUAGGAAAGAGGCCUCGCUCGCUGAAAUGGCAGCACAGUAUGAAGCUUGGCAAAAUAAUUUGGCUGAGGUGAAGAGGCAGGAACACGAGCUUCUGGAAGCUAAAGCUCUCCCGCUGAGGAACUAUUUAAUGAAGUAUGUGAUGCCCGCACUCACUGAAGCCUUACAAGAAUGCUCAAAGAUCAAACCUAAUGACCCAGUCAGCUUUUUGGCAGAGUAUCUUCUUCGGAUGGAUAAGAUUAACUGAACGUCUCUUCAUACAAGUUUGUUUUAAUGUUAUAUACAGUGGGGAGAACAAGUAUUUGAUACACUGCUAAUGGGAUCAAAUACUUGUUCUUCCCACUGUAUAGGCAUAGUUGGAGAAAUCAAAUGAUGUGAAGGUUGGAAAUAAUUAGCAUUUAAAUUUUGAAUUAUAUUUUGUUACUUUAGCGAACUGCUUAUUUUAACCAUAAUGAGAUACUAAAUGUGUUAUUGUACCCCACUGUAUAAUUACCACAGUGCCUAGAUCUUAUAACAACAUCCAUCCUUUGAUGGUAAUUAUAAGGCUCUAUAAAAGAUAAAAUACAUCUACAAAAAAAGACAGCAGUUGAGAUCAGAAUGAAAAUGUCGAUGUAAUAUGGUCCAUAAUACCACUUGUAUUAAUAUAUGUGCAUAGAAUUUGUGAUACUGUUUUCCAUUUAAACUGUAUGUGUUGACAAAAAAACUGUGUGGGGGAGUGUCAAAAUUUAACACUUGAUGAGUUUUCCCACUCAUAACAGAUUUGUCAUCUUAAAGCCACUGCAUGCUUCUUGAUGACUCAAAAGACUUCCCAGAGAGGUUGCAUAUUUGACGACAAAGUCAGAUAACCUCAUGUUCCUA